GGGGGCUUCUCUCCGAGCUCCCCUCGCCGAUGGCUCGGCGAACAAGCCGCCCCACAGCGGGGCCUGCCUUUCCAGACGAUUACGCCGACCUCGUCGGUGAGCCUCGAAGGGAAACACACAAAUCCCGUUGCAAAGCUGCCUCCUGGAAGACCGCACGCCUUCUCUGGUAUGUACGUGUGUGUGUGUGCAGCUGAUGAGGCCCUGCACGCCCCCCCAUUCGACCCGGUGCGACACACCCGACGACGUCGGUCGUCGUCAGCCUUGGCUGCGGGGGGUCACGGACCCGAUGGGGGCGACCACCAUCGCCGGCAGCAGCAGCAGCAGCAGCAACAGGAGCAGCAACGGCGGCCCAGCUUCCUCUGGCUUGGCAUGAGGAAGGCGCCGGUAGAGUCCCCUCCCCCUCCUCAGCCUGCAGAUCGGGGGGCGGCGAAGAGGGAUGUCACUGAGAGAGAGGAGGAGCCACUUUUUCGCAAGAAGCAUCCGAAGGUGCCGAGGGAGGCGGCGCUCAACGAGCAGAUGGGCAGCCUCAACACACUCACCAAAAUGCUCCACCAGGUACACUUGCAGAGACGCAUGGGAAGGUAGGUUUAGGUGCUGUGUCUUGUGCAUGUUGGGUGUUUUCCUUAGGAGGCUCGCAACAGUCUGAGUCCGAACACGCCGAUGCUGACGAUGAAUCUGAUGGUCAAACACUUCCCCUCACACGUCGGGGAAGACUUUGCAAAACUCUUCUCACAGAGUACACCCGAAAGAGGUGCCUCUCUCUCUCUCUCUCUCUCUUGACUCAUUGUGUGCAUGGCCGUGGCUGGCUGUGCUGUGUGUGCGAUUGGUUGGUCAGGCGGUGAGCAUGUGGAGGAGCGUCAGAAGGUGAUGCACUUCCUGCUGCAGCAGGGACUGCCCAUACACAUCGGCAUGCAGCUGAUUGAGUCGGGAUAUGACACGGUUAGUGGCCUGCCCGACAAGCAAGGAAGACAGGAAGACACCUCAUCCCUUGGAUCUUUGUUUGCUCACCUCACCGGUGGCUCGGCUCAUCAGCUGGAGACGUUGAAGACUCUGAAGAUCGAGAGAUUGCCCUUCAUCGCAUGGUACACCGGCAAGAAAUGGCUGCCGGGACACUACGAAAAGCUCAAGGUGAAUGCACAUCACACUGACACACACACAAAGGGGGCGAUAAAUGGCUCUUCCGUUAUGGAUUGAAUCGCAGCGAAUAUUCAAGGACCUGCCAACCAAGAUACUCGCUUACCAGAUAGUACGCAGCAGUCGACCAAUACACACAAGCACGUGACACGUGUCUCUCUUGCCUUGCCGCAUAUCCACCCCUUCUCAGGAUUCCAACACGACCAGGAACGACAAGCGCAAGCAUCGUCUCGAGGAAGAAAAGGACUUCAAACUCCGCACCCUCUCGCGCAUCGCCAACAUCAAUGAGGCGCAGCAGCGCAUCUACGGCCCGACACCUCCGCCACUCUCCGAGAAUGGGGGUCCACAGACAGGCCCCGACACAUCCUCGAGACAGGACCAACAGCAACAGCAGCAGACGGCUCCGGCGGCCACAUCUGCCAACGGUGGUCGUGCGGCUGGGGGCGGGCGUGGGCAGCAACCCACAACCCUCCCAACCAUCUACGAGGCACCGUCCCCUGGACAGCCCCCAGUGGAGGCCGCACCAUCAUCGCAGGAGCAGCAGCAGCCCGCCCCGACGGCCAACUUAGCGGCGGCGCAGUCGCCUCGCGAAGAGGACAGGCAGACUCCUCAGCGUACCCCCCGUGAGGCUGCCGAGCGACCCCCCGCCCCACGUGGUGACACAGCGCCCACAGACGACCAGCCUCCUGCCCCUGUGUACGCUCCGCCGAUGCCUGAGCCGCCUGCGCUGUUUGAGCCCAUCGACUACGACAAUAUGCCGCCGUUCAGAGUUCCUGAGGAUGGCGGCCCCAGCCAGCGAGUCUAUGAGACGACGGGGGGGUUCUUGGUUGAGCAGGUCCCAGUGCAGCGGGUGUAUCACUAUCAUCCACUUCUGCCACCUCCGCCCCCGCCCCCGGUGUAUCGGCAGCCAUAUCAGUACGUGUAUCGGCAGCAGCAAGUACAGCAGCAGCACCGUUACGCGACGCCCUCUGGCUAUUGGAUCAACCAGUACCCACGGACCGAGGCUGAUGGGGCGGGCGGGCAGCGGCCCCCACAGACACAGACACAGACGGGAGGGCAUGUCUCUGCUGGCGACUGGGAGGCGCUAUUUCCAAUGCAUUCGGUGCAUCGACACACCACGCGAUCGUCUGGUCCGGCACGAGAGCGAGGCCGCAGCCAUAGCGGCCGACAGACAGACCAGACACAGACCCAGCAGAGCAUCUUUGACAGAUUCAGGUCGGCAGUCGGAUGGGGGCGGCAGCAGUGAACCACAAGGCAAGGAGAGGUGAAUGGAUGGUGAGUGGCUGGCUGGCUGUCUUGAUGGACGAUGUGUGGUUCAUCGGUUGUGGGGAGAAGACUCCCUACUGGCCGGUGAAUGACGGGCUGCAUGGUCGAUGAAUUAAUGAAGUGAUCGAUUGGACAAGACCUGACAAGCAUGAAUAUGCAAUUGAGUGUGUUUGACCGAGUGCAUCUCACGGACACGCACCACUGCAUGCGGCCUCAAAGCUCUGUCGGUCUCACACACGGAUUGCAAUUAAUGCUUCAUCGGAAGUUCAUCGGAAGUUCAUCCUGUCGGCCUCAAGUUGCAACAGCAUUGCAAAAGAGGGAACCGCAGAAGAAGACGCAUCCUCUGCUCGGCCAUGGGAAGCCCCGCCUCCGGGAAGAGAUCGCCGGGAAACAAAAACAGUCGCCCUAGCCAAAAAGCAAGGAAAGAGGUGAUGGUGAGGACGUGUGUGUACUGCCACAGCGCUAGGGCGUCCAUUCGGCGUCCGUCGACCCACGAGGCCAUCUGCAAGGAGUGCUUCUUCCGCGCAUUCGAGGACGAAACUCACCACACCAUCGUCACCAACGCCCUCUUCAAACGCGGCGAGCGCAUUGCUGUCGCCGUGUCGGGCGGAAAAGGUGACACACGUUGGGAAAACUCGAUAGAUGGCAUAGAGAGGGAGGGAGGGAGAGGUGUGUGUUUGUUGUGUGCAUGGUGUCAGAUUCGACGGUGUUGGCUCAUGUGCUGACGACGUUGAACCGGCGUCAUGACUAUGGCCUGGACCUCUUCCUGCUCGCCGUCGAUGAGGGCAUCACGGUCAGUGACCGUCUGACAGACAGACAGACAGACAGACACGACGAGCAUACUCUGUGUGUGCAAUGCAUCCAUGGCAUGGCGUCGUAUCGUGUGUGCAGGGGUACCGGGAUGACUCACUAGAGACGGUCAAGCGGUGAGCUGAGCGGGCUGAUAGGCACUCACGUACCGAUGGAUGGCUGGAUGGUGCCGGACAUCGCACCUUACCUUGCUCAUUCCACGGUGGUCUCUCCCACGUGUGUGUGUGUCAGGAAUGAGCAGCAGUACGAGAUCCCUCUCAAGAUCGUCUCUUACGAGGUGAGAGAGUGAGUGCACUGCACUGCACGAGGGGAGGGAGGGAGGGAAUGCGCGACAACACACACCACACCACACCACGUGCAUGCUCGCAUGUAUCCGUCACGCAGGAUCUGUACGGCUGGACGAUGGACGAGAUUGUGGCCGCCAUCGGCAAAAAGAACAACUGUAGGCCACCCCAGCACGCACACGCAGAAACACACGAUGCGAUGAAUGACCUGCCAUGGCCACACUGAGGCAGGCGCCUUCACUGCAGAUAUGAUGUGUAUGUCUGAUGUCAAAAAGGUACGUUCUGCGGCGUAUUCCGUCGUCAGGCGCUGGACAGAGGCGCCGUGAUGCUCAAGGCCGACAAGAUCUGCACCGGGCACAACGCAGACGACUGUGCUGAAACUGUACUCAUGAACAGUAAGCACACACACACACAACGCACUGACUGACUGACAGAUGGUCACCCACACCCUACAUGGCAAUCCAUCCAUCCAUCCAUCCAUCCAUCGAUCCAUCCAUUGUGUGCAGUGCUGCGAGGUGACAUAGCGCGUCUUGGCCGCUGCGCGUCGAUCAUGACGGGGCGGGAGGGCGGGGGGCUGCCGCGGUGCAAGCCGCUGAUGUAUGCGUACGAGAAGGAGAUCGUCAUGUACGCCCACUUCAAACACCUCGACUACUUCUGCACCGAGUGCAUCUACUCCCCCAACGCAUACAGGGGCAACGCAAGAGACCUCAUCAAACAGCUCGAGGCCAUCAACCCACAGUUCCUCAUCGGUCGGUACAAAAGCCACGCACACACACACACGGCCAUCCCGAUGAACGCGUGUGUGUCAUGUUUGCCUGACAGACAUUCUGCAUUCUGCGCUUCACAUGCGCGUCAACAGUGACGCCGUCCCCGCGACCGUGCCGCGUCAGUGUGAGCGGUGCGGUUACAUGAGCUCCAACCCCAUCUGCAAGGCUUGCGUCAUGCUCGAAGCCCUUCGCACCGGCCGACCACGGAUGGCAUUGUCCAAAGACAAGCCACCCCGAAGGCGGGCCGUCGAGUACGAGAAGGAACAGAAGAAUGGCAAUGGUGAUCCGACGGAGCUGGGUGUGCGGGCGGGGCCGUCCGAGAGCCCCGCGCCAGUCAGUGUGUUGACGCCGCCGAGGACGGCAGAUGGGCCGCGGGAGGGAGCGGUGUCCAUGGUGUGUGGCGGGGCGGGAGUGGGGCAGUCGGGGUGUGGGUGUGGUGAUCGGUGUGAAGUCAGACGGACAGAGGGGGGGAAUGAGGCCAGUAAGACUGUCACACAAUAGGGGGGCGGGGAAACGACGGUCAUGGAAAUGUGUGUCCGACGCAUAGCAUACAUGCACACCACAGACGUCACACGGCCGUCCGUCCAUCUCUCUGCACCCUGCUCUGCUCUCCUCUCAUGUGGCACAUGUACCUUACCUCUCUCAGCUACCCUACCCCCUCUGAUGUGUUGUGUUGUGUUGUGUUCCACUCCUCUCGUGUGUCACGCACGUCAGUCAGUGGCGUGUGCCGCUUGUGCGACGCCUGCAGCCAACGGCCAAAACAGGAAGGGAAGUAUCCCUCCCGCCUUGGGCAUUGACGAGUGGCGUGCAUAAGGGACACCCACACACACACGUGACAGAGACGUGACAGAAGACAGACGAGGCCGGCCGGCAGGCAGCCCACCGUCUGGCGAUCAAUGAAUGACUCUCUCGGGC